GAGUUCUUGUCAAAAUCUUAAUUGAACUAGUCACUACGCAGAGAUGCUAUUUUUUGCCCCCAUCAUUAGCUACCUCAUCAACGAACUAUCAUUUUUAUAACUCAAAACAUGUGACCUUUGCAACUGCUGCCAUAAUCAGGAUUUAAACCAUGGAUCAAACUAAUCUGUGGAAUCGCAAAGAGGAGUAUUUGUUGAUCAUAGAUUAAUUCUUCUACUACACAAAUAAGGAGGUGACCAGCUCACAGGGCAAGAUCAGAGUAGUAGUUAGGUCAGCAAUCAGGGGAUGCGGACGUGGACAUUUCCCGCGGAGACGGCUUUUUCCGAUUUGAUAAACAAAUUAAGUAUUGGCCACACUUACGAAAUAAUAAUAAAGUUAGAAUAUUGCCAUCUACAUUUAGUUAACGCGAUCACGAAUUAAUAGAUGUACACAUUUUAAGGAAAAGAUGGCGGCCCAAUAGCAUCGAAACAAACAUAUUACAUACCUACCAAAGCUAGCUUUACGAAUACAAUUUUAUCUCCAUUAUGAUGAUUAUAAAAUCUCUUAUUACUCUCGUUAUAACUGUUAGUCCAGUGGUUGCUUACAAAGAUGGCGAAAGAGUUCCAGUAUAUGUGAAUAAGGUUGGACCUUAUUUCAACCCACAUGAAACUUACCAUUACUACUCACUACCUGUUUGUAGACCUGAUAAGGUAGAGCAUCGCAGUCUUACUUUGGGAGAAGUCUUAGACGGUGACCGAAUGGCUGUUGCUAUGUAUGACAUAAAGUUCAACCAGAAUGUUAAAGAUAUUGUUCUUUGUGCCGAAAGUUUAAAAUUGAAAGAUAUUGAUGAAUUACGUCACGCCAUUGAAGAGUUGUAUUAUUUUGAAUUUAUACUUGAUGAUCUUCCUAUCCGUGGUUUUAUUGGCCAUCUUGAAGAAAGUGGUUUUUUACCUCACACACAUAAAAUACAUCUGUGGACGCACUUGAAUUUUAAUAUUGAAUAUAAUGGCAAUGAGGUUAUUACAGCGAACGUCACAACUUCAGGCCAUGAGCCAGUUGACUUGGAUGAAAUAAAAGAAUAUCCUGUGGAAGUCAAAUUUACGUACAGUGUUGCUUGGACCAAAACGAAUGUACCACACUCUGAACGUUUGACGAAAAACAAAGCUGAAGGAUUCUUUCCUAAGUCACUGGAGAUUCACUGGUUGUCGAUUUUAAAUUCCAGUGUAUUGGUGUUUUUGUUGAUUGGUUUUGUUGUCAUCAUUCUUAUGCGUAUUUUAAGAAAUGAUUUCCAGCGUUAUAAUGUGAGCGAUGAAGAGAAUAUGGAAGAGCUGGAUCAAGAUGAUUAUGGAUGGAAAAUUAUACACAGUGAUGUCUUCCGCUUUCCUGGUCAUCGUGCUUUACUUUGCUCAAUAUUGGGUAACGGAUGCCAGUUUCUUGCGCUUUGUUUUGGUAUAAUCAUCAUGGCGCUGCUUGGCAUGUUCAACGUUCACAGACAUGGCUCUAUGAAUACAGCAGCUGUUCUUUUGUAUGCACUGACAUGCUGUGUUGCCGGUUAUGUUUCAAACAGCAUGUACAAACAGAUUAAUGGUGAAAAAUGGGCCUGGAAUCUAGUGCUAACUGCUUCCCUGUUUUCUGUUCCAUUUUUUGUGAUUUGGAGUAUUGUGAAUUCGAUUGCAUGGUCGUACCAAUCAACGCAAGCGUUACCAUUCACAACUGUGCUGCUGCUCAUGCUCGUCUGGCUAUUAGUUGGAUUUCCUCUCACUGUCGUUGGAGGUAUUUUUGGAAAGAAUUGGACAAGUGGAUUUGAUGCUCCUUGUAGAACUAAAAACAUUCCAAGAGAGAUCCCAACUGUACCAUGGUAUCGAUCAGCUCCUGUUUACAUGUGCGUGGGAGGUUUCUUACCAUUUAGCGCUAUCUCAGUGGAGCUCUACUACAUAUUUGCCACACUGUGGGGAAGAGAACAGUACACAUUGUACGGCAUUUUAUUUAUAAUCUUCGUAAUCUUAUUGAGUGUUACGGCAAGUAUCUCGAUUGCACUCACGUACUUUCAAUUGGCGGCUGAAGACUACCGCUGGUGGUGGAGAUCACUUAUAAGCGCUGGGUCCACCGGUUUGUUCGUGUUCGUGUACGCGUUAUUCUACUAUCACAAGCGAUCCAAUAUGUCCGGUUUCUUACAAGGCGUUCAAUUUUUUGGUUACACUCUCUUGGCAUGCUAUAUAUUCUUUCUUAUGCUAGGAACUGUUAGUUUCUUUGCCUCGCUUAAAUUUAUUAAAUAUAUAUACAGGAAUUUGAAAAUGGACUGAUUAAGCGAGUGACAAUUUUUUUUUAAUCACAUAGACCUAAUUUUUUUACGAUCUGGUUCGGCCACCGUAAAAAUGUUCAUCCACUCGAAGAUAUGACUUUGAACGCGUACUCUAUGUCAUAUGGUUACGAAAUUUAAAUUUUUGGAACUUUUGCUUGUUAGUAGUAUUUGAUUUCCGUGUCCUGAUUAUCUCAGCAAUAAUUAGCCGAAAAAAAUUCCACAGUCUCUAUUGUGGAAACAACUUUGUAACAAAAAAGCUUCAACAGUCUGGUGACGAAGUUUAAAGGAUAUAUUUUAAAAUGUCGCGUUGGAAUAAUUAGUAGUCUGGUAACGAAAUAUAAUUACGCUGCUCUUUCUUCUUAUUAAGCAAAAUGUAAAUAUGUGAGAAGCAACUUACGUAACUAGGUACUCUUGGUCUGUUUUUAUAUAAUUUAACCAAGAGACUGGUAACGAAGCUUAUUGCGAUAUUUAUAUGCAGAAAUUUGUGUGUUAUAUUUCAACUUGCACCUAACUGUAAACACUGCACUUUUUUUUUGGAAACAUUUUUGGGCGGGAAAAUAGAUAGCAUAUCAACUUUACUACACUUUAA